AUGACACUAAGCUUCUUUGACCAGUUUAUGAGCCCCACACUUAUAGGAGUACCCCUUAUGGCCCUCGCCCUCUCUCUCCCCUGAAUCCUCUACCCCACACCCUCCUCUCGCUGGCUAAAUAAUCGUUUCCUUGCCCUUCAAGGCUGAUUUAUUAAUCGCUUUACUCAACAACUUCUUCUCCCCUUAAACGUCGGAGGCCACAAGUGGGCUGCACUAUUAGCAUCCUUAAUAAUCUUCUUAAUCACACUUAAUAUGCUGGGCCUUCUCCCAUACACUUUUACACCUACCACUCAACUGUCCCUUAACUUAGGACUAGCAGUCCCCCUUUGACUGGCGACGGUAAUUAUUGGAAUACGUAAUCAACCCACACAUGCCCUCGGACAUCUCCUGCCAGAAGGUACCCCCGGACCCCUUAUCCCCGUUCUUAUUGUCAUCGAAACAAUUAGCCUACUUAUUCGCCCCCUCGCCCUGGGGGUUCGGCUUACAGCCAAUCUUACAGCAGGCCACCUUCUUAUUCAACUCAUUGCCACCGCCGCCUUCGUAUUGCUUCCCCUCAUACCAACAGUGGCGAUUUUAACAUCAGCAGUUCUAAUUCUUUUAACCCUCUUAGAAGUUGCUGUAGCUAUAAUUCAAGCCUAUGUGUUUGUCCUUCUCCUAACACUAUACCUACAAGAAAACGUCUAA